AUGGAACGCGUGCAAGCGGUUCGAGAACGCCUGUGCACUCCCAGAGGAUCUCCGUCGCCGCGAAGGCCACUGACCGCUGAGGUGUUGAAAGGUGACAAAGGUGAGAACGGCAACUUGCAGGGCGACUUGCAGCGACUCUUGAAAACACCACGAGUUUUUCACCGAUGCCAAGGGAUCAGCCACAUCAAGAGGAAUGAGCUGCGAGCAAACUUACUGCCGUGUAUUCUACAAACUCCAAGCUCCGACAGGGAGGAGACAGACGUCGAGCGAUCUGAGAAAUUUAAGAAGCGAUUGGACUAUCAGAAUAUCAUUGGCACACGGAGCGAGAGUGAAAGCGAAGUGAAUGAAAUCGCAUUUUUGGAAAAAACUAUUGACUUUCCAGAGGAAUGGGAUCCUGCUUGGCAGGCUGUCAAUUCUUGCGACUCUCUGAAAGAUUUGGUUCACGAAAGAUGUAGCAGAUUUCGUCGACCGAUUGAAGGAAUGGUGAACACCAGCAGUGACUUGCCGUUCCUGCACAAGGAUCAAGCUGUGGACCUGCAGGAGCUUGCCAAUGUCUUCACCAUUGAAAUCCAAAAUAAUCCGGGGCGGAACCAAGGCUCCAAAGGAACCAAAGCCGCCUUCGCAAGUCUUCGGAUUGCUUCUCGAGUUCCUCUCCUGGUGAAGGAUCCAGCCACUGAAGCAACCAUGGAAACGCAGAGCUUGCUCAACGAUGUCCACACGUUGCGCUUGGAUAUGAAUCCACAGGAAGUGCGGCAUAUUGCAUGUAACUUGAAGAGUCGGCAUUUCAAAGGUUCCGAAUUGGAAGAACGCCUUGCUGCCGUUGUGCAUCCAGAGCGUGGCGCAUUGGCCAAGAUGGUCAGGGCCCUGGAGCAGAAGGAAACCGAGGCCCAGGGCCUUCAAGCCGUGCUCAACAAUCUCCUGCGAGAGGUGUCAAAGCCACUGCCCUGGUUGGACGUUUCAAUGGAAUCGAGUGAAAGGCUUCAAGCAAUGCUGACCGAACCUCGCCGAAGUCUGGAGCGGCUUCUGUCAGUUUCAGAUCGCUUGGCACUGCUGGCUCAGCCUUUAGUGGCGUCAGUGGCACAUGCCAUUGAUCAGAUGGCCUUGAUCUGCGUCCGUGAGGUUGACCGCCUCGCUAGCUCCUGCAAUGCAGAAAUAGAGAAGCUCUUGCAGGCAUUCAACACCAGUGAGAAGGCACGGCGGGAAGCAGAAGAACGCAUUGAAAAGAUGGGUGGUCGAACCGUUGGCAACGAUUUCCAGAGCCGGCUAAAAAACAUGGAGAACGAGCUUCAUCAGCACGCGCGGACUCAUGCAAAGCUCAUUGAAGAAAAAAAUGAACUGGAGGCCCUAUUGCAAGAAGACUCUCAUGCAGCAGCUGCUUUGAGGGUUAAAGUGAAAGAGUUGGAGCAGGAGGUGAAAUAUUUGCGACAAAGGGGCCCUCAAGCCUGGAAGAGUGACUCACCCAGUCACGCGCAACCGCCGAGUCCGUCAAGAGCUGGAGCUGCAAGUGUCAAGCUUGAGGAAGAUCCUGGCUUGGAAGCCGACGAAGACGAGGGCGAACCAGCAUCUUCUUCCUCUAUGAAGAAGAUCCAUCCGCCACCUGCCUUCACGGUUGCGAACUCCAUGCAGACGGAGACAGAGUUCUACUUCUCCAGAGGCGAAGAAGCCAAGAACUUCAAACCACCAGAGUUGAGCUUUCAGCAAUAUACAGACAUUCUGGAGACCAUCAACAGGUUGUUCGUGAUGCUGGCCUCAUACCAGUGGAAUGACAAGACCGCCACCUUUCUUGUCAGGAGUGUAGAUGACAUGACUUCUGAUGAGGAGGAUGAGGAAGAAGCUUUUGCCCGAAGGCCGUCACUCUGUGGGAAACAGACCACGUUGAAGGGCAGCAGUCAGCGAGAAGUGGGGAUUCGCCGACUGAAGGGAAAAGUGGAAGCAGCUCAGCAACAGGCAGCUGCUUCCCAGCUUAAAGAGCAAGUUGCGAUUUUGCAGCUCCUGGCCAAAAGCAGUUUCGACGCAUGGCUGAACAAGAUACUGAAGGACUUGGGCUCGAGUGGGUUGCAAGCUGGGCUGCCAGGUCCAGACAAGCUCUUCUCUGCAGUCAUGGAAGCGGCACAAACUGGAGGACUGCAUCGGCGUGUUCGCGAGUUGGAGGACAAGCUGAAGCGCUUGAUUCCAAUAUCGGAUCGUUUACGACAGAAGGAAGGUGGCGACUCGAGCUUCUGGAAGAGGGUGAUGCGAUCUGUGCGGCACAGCAUGACGGCCCGACGCGGAUCAUCUGCAAUGAAAGCAGAUACUGUGCAGAGAGCGACAUCUGGAUUAAAGAACAAUCUGGGAAACUUGGACAGGCUUCACAGUGAGCUCGUGCUCAUUUGGCAAGCGCUUCCCCCCAAGCCUCCGAAAAUGGCUGCAGGAACCCUUCUUCUUCGACCGAUGGCUCCACAGGUGUUGCAGGAAGCUGUACGCAACUUCUACCUGAAAUCAUGUGGCCGACACAGACAGGUGGAACAAGCAGUGUGCAACCUGUGUCGAAUGGUCCUACAAUUCGGGAACAAUCCCAAAGUGCUGCUUUUUGCUAUUAUGUGUGACAUUGUCACGUUUGGGGAGUUGGAGGGCAAAAUGCCCAAGGUUGUCAAUGAUGUGAAGUGUUACCUGGAAAGCCCAAAGCUGGACUAUGUAUCGAACCUGCCGUUUGAUGCUGUUCACACCAUGAGCGAGUUUAUGACUGCCAUCAAGAACGUGAAACGCUCGAAGCAAUUUGCAGGAGGUAAUGAUGGAAGCUUGGAGCGAAUUCCACGGCAAGCUUCGGAACACAGAGGGAAAGCUGCAGAGAUAGAGGAUUCUCUUCUUCCUGUUCCGCUACUCUUCAUAGCUGCCAACGUAAUCUGCAGCCGCAGCAAGUUAACGGCGCAGUACUUCAACCUGAUGAUGCUUAGUUACGCUCGGCAGCCCAUCCUCGUGUCGCCGGUAAAAAGCCAGGAAUUGGACAAGCUCCUCGCUGUACCACGGAAUUCCGGAUCCACGGAGCGGAAGAGCGACUCAGAGGCUGCUGUUGCCUCUCCCACUCCAGAUAUACAGCGCUCCGUGUCGAGGAAAUCAUACGACUCCUUGUCCAGCAAGAGCUUCUCCUCAGGAAUCGGGGACGAAGAAGCAACAGUCUCCGCAGAGGCCUUGAUUGUGUCUCAUUUGAUUGCUGCUGAUCGUCUACGUCGACAUCCAGACAUGUGGGAGGAGACGAACUCCUUUGUUGACAGUCUAUGGGAAGCAAUCAUGAAGACGACUCGGAAGAAGUCACGGCUCAGCACUUUCUCAAUUCAGCUGGAUCAAUGGGAGAUUGCAGAAUCAAACAUGGCUGCCCAGGUGACAACUGAGCGUUUUCGACUACAGGUGCCGGAGGCCCUUGUGGAAGCAGCGCUAUUGGCAAUGCAGCCUGAACUUGAUUUGGAGGCUCCUGAGGGCAAGGUCACCAAAGAGGCUGUGAGCAAUUUGAUGCACUUGUGGCAACAAUGUGGUGGCGCUGCAAGCAUGUGCGUGAUGGAGAGUCAUGCCUUGUGGGCGGCUCUUUGGGCCAUGGCCCUGGAGCGUGCGUACGAGGUAAAACUUAUGGGCAAAUUCUUCACCAUCUUUGAUGACUCUGGAGACGAUUGCCUCCAGUACGACGAGUUUGUGAAUUUCAUGACUCACAUUGCGCCUGCGGUUCCUGAGGCAGACUGCGCGUCACUGUUCAUGGCAGCGGCUGAUGACACCUCCGCAGAUAUGACGCAGGAGGUGUUCCUCAAUCUGGUUCAGCGUGUGGGCGUGUCUUCUGAUCUGGAUGGACUGGAGAGCCUGGUAAAGUCUCACGAGGACAAGGCACGACAACGUGCUGGGUGCAUUUGGGUGUAUCUUGAGCGCAGCGUUACAAGCCAACGCUUUGGCCAUGAGUUGAACAGUGUCUUGUACAUAAGUGUGUUACAUGCCAUGCGCCGCACAAGCCUGCGCAACGAACGCAAGCAUGUGAGGGUCAGUGAUACUGACAACGUCAAUGCAUAUUUUUCGAGUGUGGUGGAUCUUUUGGUCGGCGGCAUUUUGAUAAUGAUUGCCAAAUCCCUCAUCUCAGCAGAGCACAUUGGCUACGACGCCGUUGUCCCUGGACGUCUACUUCACGUCCGUUUGCAUUAUGUGAGACAUGCCAUUGAUUUGAUAGCAGUCUACCAACAUGCUGAAGCAGUUAUUCGACAUUGCAACCUGAUUCGAACCUUAGUGGCUUUGCAGCGCAGAACUGUUGCUCGACAACGGACCACCAAACCUGAAUAUGCUUUUUGUGGAGGUCUCCAAUUGCUUCUGGAUCUCAGACAAGCGUUUGACACACUGCUGCAAGAGCACAUUGACCCCGGCUGGCUGCAAGAGGCACUGACAAUGUAUGCAGACGACCUGCAUUUUGGGACCACGUUUUACAACAAAACAGAGUUUCAAACGGCCUUGACUCGACUGGGCAGAAUCUUGGAUGUAUUGGAAUCCAUGCAACUUCAGCUGUCUUACGACAAGACCUUUGCCAUAUUAGCCACAGCGGGUUCAAAUGCGACUAGAGGACUUAAAGGAGCAGUCGAGCGUCGAAAGGCUGGCAUGGUCAUCUUGCUUCCACGUGCGGGACAACAACCCAGCGCAAUACCGUUGAGAGCAUCUGGAAAAUACCUGGGCAUUGUCGUUUCAUAUGGCACAUAUGAACAGUUGACAUGGAGGCAUCGCAUGAAAGCUGCCAGAAUUGCGUUUGCUCGAUUGAGAUGCUGGUUCAAGAGCAAACAAUUUUUUGCACAACAUAGAGUACAUCUCUGGAUGGUUUGCGUGCACUCAAUCAUGACCUACGGUCUCCAUGCCACCAACGCGACAGUGAAGGUACUCCAUGAAUAUCAACAGCUGGUCUACCAAAUGAUGCGACAGGUCUUACAUGACCACGCCUAUAUUUCCAGGAACACACAUCAGCAGGUUUUUGACCAUUUUGGCAUUGCGUCUCCACUUGCCCUAUUGGCCAGCCAUGUUUCCAAUUUAUGGCGACGGCUACAAAGGCGGGCCCUGACACUGCCAUCCACAGAUUUUCUGCACAAUGUGGAUUGGUCGCACUUGCCGGGAUUGAUUCGACUUAUUCAGUGCGUUGCGGACACAUCCAUUGAGGCUCCAAUUGCUUCUAACGCGGCAGCACCAGUCAUGACAAGUCCAGCCGAUGUGGCGCCUGGAGCUCAUACGCAGGAUGGACACAGACCCAUGUCCUCCAUGGACAGGCCUUGGGAUCGACAUGUCAGCACAGAGACACAUCCCUUAGGGAACAGGAUGCCUGCACCCAUUGCUGCAGAAGCCCAAAUUUUUUGGCCAUUGUUGCGUGAAGUGGUGCAAACCUCAGCAUACCAUCGACUGCAAGAAGACCCACAGAUUGGUAGCUUUCUGGCCCACAAUUGUGUUAUUUGCGGCACAUGGUGCAAUCGGUGCCAGGAAUUACACAGUCAUUUCCGGCUGAAUCAUCCUCACCAGAUGCCAGGCGUUUUAGCUAGAGGUGCCCAAAUCACCCAUCAGAUAGCUUCCCCAACACCGUGUGUGCUCUGCCAGAAGCCUUACAAGAGAAAUCACAGCUGUCCAGUGGCCACCCAAGUGGCUUGCUUGCAAUUGCAUGGGCAGGAUUCCAAUGCCAAUCCUGAUGCCCUGAGGACCUGCAUCAUAUGUGAUCUCCUCUUGCCGGACAUGGCGCAAUUGCAUCAACACCUUGGUCGAUGCCACGAUCUCCAAAUCCCAGACUGGUGCCCAGCCAGAGACUCCUUAGAGGGGUCCAGUGCAUGUGCGCACUGUGGCGCUACAUUCGAGACACAAAGUGGCUUGCGCCGUCACAUAUUGGACGGUCGCUGCGAGCGGUUCAACCCAGCGGCAUCACCGCAGCCACUGGAUGCGGCCACAAAGUGGACUGAGGUCUUGCAGCAAGGAGAGCUGACCAGGAGCACUCUGACUCCAGCCCAGCGCCAAGACUUGACGCUAGUAUGUCAGCUGUGUGGGCAGCGCUAUGGACGCCAAAAUGAUCUUGGCGCACAUCUCCAACAUGCACACAGUCAGCUCUGGCAGGCAUCACAGGAAACACUCCGAUUCCUGAUCCAAGCGGUUCAAGCCCAACAUGGAUGUCAAUGCAACCCCAGUUGCCAUGAACAGGGUCGUACACAUGUGUGCACGUUGCUGCGUCAAUUUGCCAUGAUCUUCAUGCUCAGUCAACAUGAAACAUUGGUUCCGACGCAGUUCCUCCCUGACAGGUUGCAGGUGUGGCUACAACACAUUGAAUUUUUGCCCAUGUACAGGACGAUCCAUGACACGCUGUACACCAGACAAUUUGAAGAUUUGUGGCAGCAACCGGGCCUGGCAGGUUUUCUCAGCACUUGGUGUGUUCAAUGUGGCCUCCAACACCAUCCAGCUGCACUCGUGGUACAUCACUGGCAACAACAUCGGGACAACAGUCAGUGGGCGGCCCAGAUCAAGUACCAGAUUGUUACCAGCAUGUUGGGUUUGCAAGAUCAAGACACCACAUGCAAUUUUUGUGGUCAACCAGUCAACUUGCCGACAGAUCCUGCCAAUGCACUGCAACCUGAACGAUUUAUUGCCCUGCAGAUUCAUUUUGCCUCAAAUUGCCCCGUUGUGCAUCAAGCUGCGCAACUUCUGCUUCCACUCGAUGGACGAGACGAUGCCAGACCUGGAUCAGAACGACAUGGAGCUUUUGGCCUCCUUCCGGGAGCUGGGCCCUCUUCUGCAAGCGGCCAGCCGCUACCAAAGAGACCUAGAAGAGGAACCCCAUUCCAAGCGCCCCAAACAAGAAGUGGGACACGAGGAAGCCAAACCAGUGGCCGUCCAGCCCCAGGUUCAGGGCGCCAUGAUGGGCAUGAUGAAAGUGAUGGCCAGGUUACUGCUCCAACACGAACGGAGCAUACAACUGCUUCACAGACAGGACUCCUUCGUUUUUUAUGCCCAAGUCAGUCCACAAGGCGCAGUCCCUCUGCUGACACAGGCGGCCGUGGAAUGGAAGGACUUGCACCAGAAGAACCCCGGCAGUCUGAAGGUACCUACCCUCAGAACACACCUUAUGAAGACAAUGACGAAAGAGAUCCACCGCAGGGUGCAACAGAUGAGCAACAGCAGCAAGGGCACAGAACUAUGGGACAGAGCAGUAGAACGAGGAGUACUUCUCCCAGACGGGUCAUGGCCGUACCAACGCUGGAGUCACACAGAUCAACGCCUGAUCCCAGCGGCCAGACCGCCCCUGCCGAUGGCUCGACUCCUGAAGCAGCUUCAGCACAUGGAAGAGUUGCUGGAGGAUUCCACCCACGUGAUCCGAUUCCAGUCCUUGAAGGCUCAGCCUACAGUCAUUCCCUGGUACCUCCAGAUAUGCCUGCGGACGGACGAGAUCUGGUUGAUCCUGACCGAGCUCCAACAGCUGGCGAUGUGGAGCCUCCUGGGCCUGACAUUGAAGGCACAUCAGCAGGGGCAAUGCAAGCAGGCCCAGCUCUUGCAGCAAUGCCUCCAACAGAAUCCCAGCAAUGCCAAAGGCAAGGGGAAGGGGAAAGCCCCGGGCAAGCACAAGACCCGCUAGACCCUGCAGCUAUCCGAAAGGCUUUGCGACAGGCCAUUAGAGACCUCAGCAUGGAAAAUAGCGGGAAUUGGUGCUAUGCCAACAGCGCCGUAUUAGCCUUUCUGUGGGCCACUCUGUCAAGGACCACAUUCCAAUUGACAGACUGGGGUGAAUUCUCGGAGCUGUUUCAAGACAUGUUAUCACAACCAAAGGAUACACCACUUGUGCUUGAACAAUUUCAAUGGUUUCAAAGUCUCAUUGCAUCCUGGUCAGAACGACAUGGCCAAGCAGACAGCACCGAGUUUUCCAACAUUCUUUUGAAAGGGGUCGCAUCAUCCAGCACCUCCAACCGCUGGGAACGCAGGGUAUUUCAGGAACAAAGAGUUGAAGUGCAUGACAUGGGAGAUCAAUUCAUGCCCAUCACCAUAUCAUUGGAUCCUGAACUCACUGACAAUGGCUCUAUCCGCCUUGUUGACUUGAUCAGGAACUGGCACAAUGAGCUUGGAAUGAGUGCAGGCCUCAUGGACACUGCUGACCCCAUUUGCAUCCAUGUUGACCGCUUCCUCAGGCUGCCUUCAGGCCAAGUGACCAAAUCAUCAACGCCAAUUGGAUUUCAUUGGGGGAUUCUUGUUCCUGUCUUCACACAUGGCCCCGACAGUACAGACUGCAGUUGGGAAGGUUUUCAGGUUGUUGCGGCCACCGCCCACCUUGGAUCUUCAGAUGCUGGCCACUACCAAUGCAUUCUCAAAACAGGACAUGAGGCACGUGCAAACCAGGAACCUGCACUUUGGCUUCACUGUGAUGACAACAGGACGCCACAACCCUGUUGGUACUUGCCCCCAGAGUUUGCUGCCGGCGUCACAUGUUUCUGGUUAUGCAAGUGUGAUUCAUUGGACUUACAUGACAUGCGUGAGGACAUAAGUCAUGAGGCAGGCGCGACACCGAGCACAGUUGCAUCCGACCACCAUGCCAUGCUCACCAUGCUCAACAGCUUGCCGACCUGA